AGAGGAAGUGUUCUAAAGAUUAGGAAGAGGGUUUUAUACGUCACAAAUCUCCUCUCACACAUAACAGAUGCUUAAACUCAGUUUUUCCAUGACUGUAAACUGUAAGGCAAAAUAGGAAUCGGGUUCUUUAGGGCAGCUUUAUUUGUACCACCCUCGCAGCAACAAAGACCUUGUCUACGCAUGGAUUCCUGUCUAGGACGAUGACCACAUCCUGGUUUGUGGACUGAGACAAACUCUGCUGGUUGAGGAAAAGCAGAGGUGGAGCAGGAGAAUGUAAAAAGAGAUGGAAAUGAGGGAGUGGAAGUGUUGCCUGGGUGUCUCCACAGCUGUGCUGUAUGGCUCCCUGGCCCUUUUUGUCUCCAUUCUUCAUAAUGUCUUCCUGCUUUAUUAUGUGGACACUUUUGUGUCCGUUUACAAGAUAGACAAACUUUCCUUCUGGGUGGGAGAGACUGUGUUCCUGAUAUGGAACAGCCUCAAUGACCCUCUCUUUGGCUGGCUAAGUGACCGCUCCUUUCUAAGCACCCCCCAGUCUGGAUCUCAGAUAUCUUCACCUGAAGUGGUGUUGAAACGUCUUCAGUCUCUCUCCAGGAAUGGGCCACUUUUUGCUCUUUCCUUCCUGUCCUUCUGGGUGGCCUGGGCCCACCCUGGUCUACAGUUUCUCAUCUGCCUGUGCCUUUACGAUGGUUUCCUCACACUGGUGGACCUCAACCACAACGCCCUGCUGGCUGACCUGGCCGUGUUUGCAGACGAACGCACACGCCUGAACUUCCACAGCUCCCUGUUCAGCGCACUAGGAUCACUCUCAGUGUUCCUGUCCUACUCCUUUUGGGACAAAGAUGACUUUAUGUCAUUCAGGAUUUUUUGUGUAGCACUGGCUGCCCUAUCAGUGCUGGGCUUUGCUGUGGUAUCUCAAAUUCUGCGCCAUAGGUUCCAAAAUGAAGUCCAAUCACGCAAGAAUGCAGAAGGGGACUUUCUCAAAGAAUUGUCUGUUGGCCAGGCUCCUCUUGCUCCGACUGAGAAGCCCAUCACUCUUGGAGAGUAUCUGAAGCAACUUUCCCACCACAGAAAUUUUAUGUGGUUUGUUUCAAUGAAUCUGGUGCAGGUAUUUCACUGCCAUUUUAAUAGCAACUUCUUCCCACUGUUUCUGGAGCACCUCUUAUCAGACCGCAUAUCUGCCUCCACUGGCUCCUUUCUGCUGGGCAUCUCUUACAUAGCUCCCCAUGUCAACAACCUUUACUUUCUGACAUUAAGCCAAAAACUUGGUGUCUACCAGGUUGUUCGUGGCCUCUUUCUUUUGAAAUUGGGCCUUAGUUUAGCGAUGCUGCUUGCAGGAGCAGACCAGGUCUACCUACUUUGCUUAUUUAUUGCCAGUAAUCGAGUGUUUACUGAAGGGACUUGUAAGCUGUUAAAUCUGGUGAUCACAGACCUUGUUGAUGAGGACUUUGUGUUGAACCGGCGACAGCAAGCAGCCUCUGCACUGAUGUUUGGUAUGGUUGCUUUGGUAACAAAACCCGGCCAGACCUUCGCUCCACUUAUUGGCACCUGGCUGCUGUGUGUGUAUACAGGGUAUGACAUCUUUGACAGGGGUCCUCUUAAAGACUCUGUGCCAGCUGUAGAUGUUUCAGGCACAGAGAGCUCUCUGCCAUUGCGCCAGGGCUGCUUUUACCUGCUGGUGUUUGUGCCCAUCACCUGUGCCCUGCUGCAGCUACUGGCUUGGUCCCGUUUCACCCUCCACGGUCACCGAUUACGAGGCAUUAAAGCCAGAAGGCAGGGUGCUCAACAACUCAUUGAUGUGAAGGCCAUCUAAUACUGCCCACCCCAUUCUUCACUAACUCUCACAGACUCAGGAUGGACGUAUUGCUUAUAAAAGGACUGUAUGAAAAUGAAAUCAUUGAGAAACUAGCCUUAUUUUUCUUAUGGUGAGAAAUCAUCUGCAUGUGUAUAUUUAUAAACUAAAUGACCUAGGGACCAAAUAUGAAGUCUUAAAACAAUCAUGUUGUGUGGGACCAUAUAGGACAUAUAGGAAGGUAAUAUUUCUACCCCUUUUGACUGCACAAUAGUAUUAUCAUAGGAAUGGAUUUAACAUUGAUUUACCUACUCAGCUUUCAUCUUUUUCCGUAAAAAAGACAGUUUACCUAUUUAUUUUGCAUUUUGUACUGUGCUAAUCUCAUUUCUGGGAGAAAAUAACAGCUCAGGUCCAGUGGAUAUAAACUGCAUGAGCCUCUGUGGUGUUUUCAUUGAUUAAAUUGCACCAUUUGUUUGUCACAGAAAAUUUUAGUUGUACGCUAAGAAAAGUUUAUUUCCCCCUCCCAUAUUUGUUGUGUACUUUCUUUUUGAAUAAUAAAAAAUAUUUUUUUACCUAGCAUUUUACACUAAUUAUCCCUGAAAUACCAGUUAUACAAGUAAAUUUCUAAAGAUGAGAGUACUUUUGUACAUUUUUUAUUUUUUAAACUGCCAUUUUCAAAUAUGCUUCAUUUUUUUAAGACACUGAUUUAUACAAAUCAUGUACUAGCUUGGAAAAUGUUUGGAAAAAGAAUCUUUACAGUACUGUCUUUGUCGGUAUUUUUAAGUGACUGAUAUUUACCUUUUUGAUGUUUUUGUUUUGUGUUGAAGGAGAUGCAUUGUAACUCAGGAAAUUUGACAUUACUGAUGUUUUAAUGAUGAUUAAUGUCUCUGUUGUUCUUAGUAAUGGUUCAUUCAUUCAUAUCAAUACUCUGCAGAAAAUAAAGUUACUUGUGUUGCUUCACGUA